UCAGAGCCCUUUGAGAAGUCAGUAAGCGCAGCAGAAACAUCCGGAGAUGAGGACAGAUCAGUUCCCUGGGUGCAUGCCAGCCGUAAUCAAAGCUUUCCUGAUUACUGAUUGUCUGCUGGUGAACGUAAAGGGAGAUGGAGGAGAGUCUGACGACAAGCUAGACUUCAAGUACGUUUUGAUCGGAGGUGGGAUCGGCCUCUUCCUGUCCGCCCUGUUUAUUCUGUCCAAGCUCUGCAUGAUCAGGAAACAAGCGGAGAUAAACUUCCCAGGUGAACAGAUACACCUGGCAGACACGAGCGUGAGGAGACCUUCAGAGCCGCAAUCUAUUAUUUUGAAUCAGCGCAGCCAAUCAGCUGGCAGCGGUAUCGAGUGACAAGCGGUGCUAAAGGUCAGGCAGAGUGCAGAGCGGCGUCUGGGUGAGGAGUCACACACACGCGGCUCCAUGUUGCUUCUUGUGCUGCGGCGCUGAACGGUCCCACCUUUUCUACCUCCUGAAAGGCAUCACUGUGGAGCUGCUGAUGCAUGUCUUAUUGGUUCUUUCUUGUCUCGCAAACUUUGUAAAUAAAAUAUUUUUCGACA